UCUUCCUCUCAAAGAGUGACUAACGCUGUGGUUCGUUACACGAGGUGAUUCAAACGUGUUUUCAUCCCGUUUGUUAAAGCAGUUGAUUCUUUAAAUUGCAAAUCAACUGGGCGAUAAGUAAAGUACUGUGGGCACACUUCGAUCCGCCGUGUGAUUUGAAAAUAAUUUACUUUCAGUUUUUCCCCCUCCAAAGGAAGUUAGCGCAAAUUAGACCGUGAGGCUGGAUGUGUGAUCAUGGAGGCCAGCGGUGAUGAUGAGGUUGCUGAUGGCCAAAAUAUUCAGCCAACAAACGCUAAUGCACGUACCUGCGAGUCUGGAGAGGAGAGGACCAAUGAGAGCAUGGAUGUGGAUGACGAUGGUCUGUUCAAACACUCCACCACUCUGACCAACAAACAGCGUGGGAAUGAGGUUACAGUGCGCCCGGCAACGUUAGACUCUCUGUCCAUACACCAGCUGGCAGCUCAAGGCGAGGUUUCGCAAGUGGCUGCGCACCUGAGUAAAGACAGUUCACUGCUCAGCAAACAGGAUGAACGGGGCUUUACGCCUCUUAUGUGGGCAGCAGCGUUUGGAGAGAAAGCAGUAGUGGAUUUUCUCUUGGAAAAGGGAGCAGACCCCAAAACAGUCGCAAGGGAGCGUGAGAGUGCCCUGACCCUGGCCAGCUCUGGAGGUUAUGUGGACAUUGUCGAGUCUCUUCUCAGACAUGGAGUAGACAUUAACACUUAUGACUGGAAUGGCGGAACUCCUCUUCUUUAUGCUGUUCGAGGGAACCACAUCAAAUGUGUAGAGGCACUCUUGGCCAAAGGAGCAGACAUGACCAUUGAGUCUGACUCUGGGUACAGCCCAAUGGCCUUAGCUGUUGCCCUUGGACACAAAAAGAUUCAGAAAGUGUUGGAAGACCAUAUUCUGAAGCUGUAUAAGCCAACAGCAACAACAACAUGACACUAGUUAAAUAAACAUAAGUGACAGUCUGACACAGUUGAUCUCACAUUUACAUUAACUUACCAUUGGUGGUCAGAAGACUUAAGAACUCAUGUGUCACAGUUACAAGUUGUUGUAACAGAUCAACACAUAUGCAGAGACAUUUAUGCUGAGUAAACUGUUUAUUCCAUCUGUGUGCAUUUCCCUGUACACAGAAUUAUUUUGUUUGGCUGGAGGACAGCAAAAAAAAAAAGACUGUAAAAACAUUUUAAUAAAAAUGUAUUUUUA